AUGUCUAAUAUCAAGCUUCCCGAGCGAUUGUUCGCAGCUGGGCAAGAACCCGUGGGGGAACGAGUUAAUUCGUACCAGAAGUCCAAAUCUGUUCAAGCGAUACUCAACGCCUUAGACGAAGACGAAGUUAAAAGACUCAGAGACUCUCAAAUGGGGAAGCUAUUGGCGACGAUGGAUAUGCCUUCUUUCUCCGGAAGUUUUGGAUUUUACAUGCUAGCUCGACUUCUCCGUGUGAAGAAAAAGCACGAACUUUGGUUUCUGUUCGCCGGUCGUCCGAUUAGAUUCUCUCUCCGCGAGUUCGCUAUUGUUACUGGGCUUGAAUGUGGAAAAUUUGCUCAAACUAGGAAACUCAAAAAUCUGGUGGCACAGAAGCCUUACUGGCCUGAGCUUUUUGGGGUUGGGUUUGAUCUCCUUGUUUCUAGCAUUAAAUCCAAAGACGAAUUGGAGCUAUCCCAGAAGACCAUCGCCGUGAAAGGAUUCUUCUAUGCGAUUCAGCUGGUAAUGAUGGCCGCUGUUCCCACAUUAACUGAAGUGGUUCAAGAUCCGUCCGGAGAAUCCGACAGUGAUUGUGAUGAUGAAUCCGAUACAGCCACUGACGUUGCUAGCUCUUUAAAUGCGAAUCGUGCUCACGAUCGGACUGUGGACACCGAAGGCGUAACAGCAACUGGAGCAGUGAAGAUGAUGCUCAGCCCAAGCCACGCUCGGGAGAUUGAUGAAGAGGAGCAGGCUAUAGUCCAUUCCAUUAUCCCUAAUGAUGGCGAUGUAGCUAUCGAGGGGAUGGACUUACGAUGGACUGAUGAAGUUGCUGAUGAGGCCGUAGAUAUCAUGGUCAAAUUGAUCGGUGAAGGUUUUCGGUUUACCAAAGAUAUGUUCUCCGGUGGUCUCUCUGCCGCUGAUUUGGCCCGUAUGCGAUCUGAGAAGGCCCUAAAAGAAAAAGAGACCAAGGACAAGAAGAAGAAAGACAAGACAGCUGAGAGUUCUUCCACAUCAGUUUCUCUCGAUCAAGAUGCAAUUGCCGACCUCGUGGUUGAUAAAUUGAAAUCUGAACUGCAAUCUUUUAACAACAGGUUACGCGAUCUGGAAGCAUCAGUUCUGUUGCAGGAUGGGAAGAUUGUUCAAGCUAUUACCGCUGCUUUUAAAUCGUUUCACGACUCUAUUGUGCGUAGUAUUUCUCAGCAACACCGGGUAACACAUGGGGUGUCAGAAGAACGUGGUUUCCCCACACAUUUCGAUGAUGAUAACACAGUAACUCAGCAUCCUCCCUCUUCAGUAUCCCCGACUGCAACAGUGGCAGAUUCUGGCACAGAACAUGUUUUCAUAGAUACAUCCAUAGGGCAUCAGUCUGUAUCGGUUUCCACUAUCCAAACUCAAUCAGCUUCAUAUCGGUCUUCCGCGUUGAACAAGCCCCCGCCACUUGCUAUGAGCAACGACGAGUUUCUUCGGCAGUUGACCCAAUCCAUUAAUGCCCAGAGCCAGGAUGUUUCUCGCUUUAGUACCGGUUUGGCAGGCAUUAACGUACCCCAAUGUCAAACCAAUCCCAUGGUUAGUAGCACAGUUAUAGUUUCCACAAAUCCAGUCACUGCCGAGAAUUACGCAUUUCAGCCUUCUCCUCAGAAUCAGCUUGUACUCUAUGAUAAUCAGGCUAAUCACCAAUCCGUUAAUGGCAUUGGAAGCACUAAAGCGAUGGAUUUGCUGCUAUCGGUGUCUCCUUCCUUUUCACUUGGUCUGACACAAGAUGAUUUAUUACUGCAUCCGGAGGCGGGUAUCUCCAAUGUCAACGUAACUGAUAACAACCCCUUUAUCCCUCGGAAAAGCAAGAGACUGAAGACCUCUUCCGUCGUUUACAAGGACUACCAAUGUGGUUUAACUAAGGCUGGCCCCCCAAAAAUGACAUUUAUUAUCUCCUGCGAUCCUAAUAUCAAUUACAGUGCUCGUUUUGCGGAAUUAAAGGCCAAGAUUUCACACGACAGGCGACCUAUUGAGAUUUACCCGGGUGUAACUCUCGAAUCCGAAGAUGUUAUUGCCAUCGGCGAGAGAAUACAGGUGCUUCAACCAAAGGUCGUAGACCCUAUAAUGUUCUACCUCCGAAAUUGCUCUGGCCCACAACAGUAUCCGCUCAACUACUCAAAGAUCGAGUUUUUCGAUACCAGCUUCCCAAUGUUAAUCAAAUCUCAGUAUGCCAAGUUUACGCGGACCGCAGUUAAAGACCGUUCCAAGUUCAAAUUUCAAGAUUCGUUGAUGUCGUACUUUUCCUCUGAGAACCCCCGACGGCCUUUACCUGAGUCAAUGUAUUUCCCCUUCAAUCUUGACAAACGACACUGGGUUGGCGUAUGUGUCAACAUCUGCCAAGCAACCAUCUUCGUGCUUGAUUGCAAUGUCUCGUUACGUUCGGACAGCGCCCUUAAGAAAGAAUUCAUCCCGAUUUGUAAUGUAUUUCCUUUUCUACUCAGAGCUGCCAGCACAAAAGUUUUGCGCGACGAGAAACCCUACGCUCUGGAAAGGGUAACGGGCAUUCCACAGAACGAGAUUAACUCCGAUUCUGCUGUCACUGCCUUGUUGCUAAUGCAGGCCCAUGCAAGCGUAGGUUUGGAGGGUUGUCGUUCGGUAACUCCAGAGUUGGUGUCGUCGGAGGCGUACAAGUUAGCUGUCAUGUUCUACAAUGAGUUUGGUCCUAAUACUUAG